AUGGACCGCAUCACAGCACGCGCUGACAACGACUUUGCUGUCGUCUUCUACGGCACGCUCUGGGUAGCUGCGCUCUCUCUCAUUUGGUUCACUUGUCGCGCAGAUCCCGAGGAGCCUGUCAAGUAUGUUAUUGACACGCCUGAGCAAACCAAGAAAGGAUGGAAGGGCCAGGUGCUCGAGAAGCCUCAAUUGAAGGUAUCAGGCUCAUCCUUGAUCCAAUGCUACGCUCCUGCAACCGGUGAAGCUCUUGGGCGCAUCAACCCCUCUACGGCCGACGGUAUCGACCGCGCAAUCGCCAAAGCCAAAGCUGCGCAGGUACAAUGGGCUCAGACAAGCUUCCUCAGACGCCGCAAGGUGCUGCGCACUAUGCUCAAGUUUAUCCUCGAAAACCAAGAGGAAAUUGCGAGAGUGGCAUGUCUGGACUCGGGCAAGACUAUGGUGGACGCGGCUCUGGGCGAGAUACUGGUGACGGUAGAGAAGCUGAGGUGGACAAUCAAGCAUGGAGAGAAGAGCUUGAAGUCUGAGAGGAGAGAUACCAACUUCCUCAUGAUGUACAAGUGGAACGAGGUCGUAUACGAGCCGCUGGGUGUUGUCGCUGCUUGCGUGAGUUGGAACUACCCCUUUCACAACCUCAUAAGUCCCGUAAUCGCCUCUAUCUUCGCCGGUAAUGCCAUUAUCGUCAAAGGCUCUGAGGCGACUGCCUGGUCCUCAGCGUACUUCGCCUCGAUUGCUACUCGCGCCCUUGAAGCAUGCGGCCACUCGCCCGACAUUGUCCAAUCUGUCGUCUGUUGGCCUGACGUUGCCGACCAUCUCACAUCACACCCGUCAAUAUCACACAUAACCUUCAUCGGAUCGCGACCAGUAGCGCACCAUGUCUGCGCUUCAGCGGCAAAGGCAUUGACACCAGUUUGCGUGGAGCUAGGCGGCAAAGACCCAGCCAUAGUCUUGGAUGACAUCUCCAACAGCGACUUUAGGCGCAUAGCCAGCAUCCUCAUGCGUGGUACCUUCCAGUCUGCAGGUCAGAACUGCAUUGGCAUUGAGCGCGUCAUCGCCCUACCCAAAGUCUACGACCGCUUCAUCGAGUAUCUCACACCUAAGAUCCGCGCGCUCCGCCCAGGAUCCAUACUCAACGGCUCUCCAGACACACCCAUCGAUAUCGGCGCAUCCAUAUCCGAUGCAAGUUACUCCAAGCUCGAAAACCUUAUCCAAGACGCCGUCAGCAACGGCGCCCGCCUCCUCGCAGGUGGAAAACGCUACUGCCACCCCGACUAUCCCCAAGGCCACUACUUCACCCCUACCUUCAUCGCCGACGUCACGCCCUCCAUGGCGAUUGCCCAAACCGAACUCUUCGCCCCCGUCUUCCUCCUCAUGCGCGCCGAAUCUGUCGCAGAUGCCAUCUCCAUUGCCAAUAGCACCACAUAUGCUCUCGGCUCCUCGGUUUUCGGCUCUUCGACUCGCGACCUCGAACUCGUUGUUCAAUCUCUACAAGCCGGCAUGGUUGCUGUAAACGACUUUGCUGUGUACUACAUGGUUCAGAUGCCGUUUGGGGGUACAAAGGGGAGUGGAUACGGGAGGUUUGCCGGCAAGGAAGGACUGAGAAGUCUUUGUAAUAUGAAGAGUAUUACGAGGGACCGGUGGGCUUGGGUAGGGAUCAAGACAGGAAUCCCACCGCCAAUGGAUAUCCCGUUGCGGGGAGAGGGUGCUGGGGAGAAGGCGUGGAAGAUGGCUGAGGGUAUUGUUUGGUUGGGUUAUGGAAAUUUGAGUGGCAAGGUUAGGGGGUUGAGGGGUGUGAUAGGUUUGUAG